AUGGAUAAACUACUCAAGCCUGAUCGACUAGACAUCGAUUCCAAUUCAACAAAUGCAACACAACUCUGGACACACUGGAAGAGAACCUUUCAAAACUUUCUAGAAGCAGCUAAUGUUUCUGAAGACAAAGAUAAACUGAAUUUAUUGGUGAAUUAUGUAAAUCCUGUAGUAUAUGAAGCUAUAGGUGAAUGUACCACCUACACUGAUGCAACUGCUACCUUAGAAAAACUAUACAUAAAACAAAAGAGUGAAAUAUUUGCCCGGCACACAUUAUCUACACGAAAGCAACAAGUGGGUGAGUCCAUUGAUCAAUAUUUACUAAUCUUAAAACACUUAAGUAAGGAUUGCAAUUUUCAAGCAGUGUCUGCUGAUAGAAAUAAAGACGAUUACAUCAGGGACUCUUUUAUUCGAGGUUUAAGUGCUUCAAAUAUUAGGCAAAGACUACUUGAAAGCGCCACUUUAACAUUAGAUCAAGCAUAUAAUUCAGCCAGAGCUUUAGAAAUGGCCCAACAACAAUCAGAUUCAUAUAUUAUGUCAAAUUCUAUUGUAAAUUCUAUUACUACUGAUAACACCCUUCAGAAUACUGCACACGAAACUGAUCAAAACAACUCGACUAGCGCAGCUACCUUUUCAAAAUGCUGGUUUUGUGGAAAAAGUCGCCAUACUAGAGAUAGAUGUCCUGCUAAAAAUCACCAAUGCUCUUGUGUAACUAAUAUCGAAUCAGAACCGACAGCUUCAUCAAAUUCCAUAGUUGAACCAGGUGCAAGUAGAACAACCAAAAUUUUGAAACUACCUACGUUCGAUGGCCAAACAGCACGGGAAACCUAUUGGUUCCAAUUUGAAGCUGCAGCCAGAGCAAAUGGAUGGACCGAGAAAGAAAUGGCUGCUUCUUUGGUAGUGUCACUUAGAGCAUGA